AUGAAAGUGAUAGUAGCAUUGUGUUUGCUGGGCCUUGCCUUUGCUGCACCACCACCAGCAUCCUACACCUCAGACAGCAAAAACGCUCAAAUUCUCCGAUAUGAAAACGAUAAUACCGGAUUUGGAUCAUACAAGUUUGAAUUCGAACAGACCGAUGGCACGAAACACGAGCAGCAAGGUGAGGUGGUAAAUGAGGGCCGUGAAGAUGAACAUCUUACAAUUAAAGGAAGAUUCACAUUCGUGGCACCAGACGGUGUAGUUUACACCAUUACGUAUGUCGCUGAUGAAAACGGUUACCAACCUGAGAUCGAACAGGGGCCAGGUGGUGCUGUGCCGGACGCGGUAGUCGCUUCGCUUCUUGGU